AUGCAAUCUCGCGGUGGAGAAAAGUAGUUAACGCCGGUAUGAGUACAAGUAGGUGAAAUAUUUUGGUCCUUCUAGAUUGAGCAAUUUUCGCGGCGUGCAAGCGCGCGGCGUCGUCGUGACCGACGUGCACACACACACCUCACGGUCUCGUUAAAACAGCGCACCUCAGUUUCGCAGAGUCUGCCGGCGCGUUCGCAUCCUUCCGCGCGGAAGGAGAGAUCAGGCGCGCAAGUACCCUCGUUUCGUUCCAGGGUGUUCACACCCGUUUGCCUAUACCCGAGCAAACACACCGUAACGAUCCUGCGGCGACUACUCCUCGCGACAGCCCGUAUCCGGAGAUUCGCGCGGAGAGUGCAGUCCGGAGAAAAACGGCGAAAUGUGUCGGAGAGAAAUGCGGGUUUCGAAAACUUUGUGAAGUCGCGCGAAACUUUGCAACGCGUAAAUGUAAUCUUCGAUUUUUCGCUCGGCAGGAGGUUCGCGUGCAAACACCGUCGUCGUCGGCGAUUUUUCCCCUUUGAUAAAUGGAAGAACAUCGCCGGGAUAAAAUACAAAGACAACCCCUGAUUUUGGCGAGAUAAAAUUGGACGAACUGUUUCCGAACGAUUUAAAUACGAAUUGGAACGUUUUUUGUCCGCGAAUCUCACAUUGUGUGUCUAUCGGAGCCGAUCUGAAUCGCUGUGACUCGAUUUAAUGAGGAAAAUGCGGUUUACGGCAGGUGUAACUCGAAACUAUUUGGAUCUCACGAGUCGGGUGUCUACGGUAUUCGGCUGCACCAAAGUGUAUUACAAUGUGUUAUUACGGCCGGAACUUGGCAGUCCAUAUUAAAGUUACGAAGCUCGAGUGCGCAACGCGAGAAUAUUAUACCGUACACACACAGAGACGACGAACGAUUCAAUUUCGUUCUUACAGCGCGCUCGUUCUUACAGAGAAGCUGAUUACAAUCUGAAGAAGAACGGAAUGCGUUGUCUCGCCGGUUCAAAGAACAUUCUACACCGGAGUCAUGAUCCGUGAAAGAAGAAGAAAACGAGUGUCGCGAACUUUAUAAGUGUAAACUGAUCAUUGUGAAAACCAACGUCUCGAAUUUGCAUCUGUUCGCGCGCGAAUCAUUUGAAAACGGAGAUUUUUAUUCGACGUCUGUAUUCGUGACGUCAGGGUAUCUCCCCGUGCGACUUAUUCGACUUCGAUAAUUCGGCGAGCGGUAAUUUAUCCAUCCGAAUUCCGCCGGGUGACGAAUUCGUGAUGCCGCUGGCGACGGGACGAGCGACUUAGCGGGACAUUGCAAUCGAGGAUACGCAAUGAGAGAUCGAAGCAUGAAUCUCGCCGUGCUGAUCGUCACCUGGCUGACGGUGACGACGUCGCGCUCGUGCGUCGCGCUCGACGCGACCGAGGAGGAGGACCCGGGCGAUUAUUACCCGUACGCGGACGACGAUGGCAACCACCUCGACUACGCGAACGCCACGAACUGCACGAACGACUACUGCAUUCCGGACGAGGACUACAUCGACCUGAUGGUGCAGCAUAUAUUCCCCGAGUUCUCCGACUGGGUGCUGAUCGCGAUGCACAGCGUCGUCUUCGUGGUCGGCCUGAUCGGCAACGCGCUCGUCUGCAUGGCCGUCUAUCGCAACCACUCGAUGCGCACCGUGACCAAUUAUUUCAUCGUCAACCUGGCGGUGGCCGACCUCCUCGUCCUGCUCAUCUGUCUGCCGCCGUCGGUGCUAUGGGACGUCACGGAGACCUGGUUUCUCGGGCUGAAACUCUGUAAGGCUGUGCCGUAUCUUCAGACAGUGUCGGUGAGUAUCAGCGUUUUGACGCUGACUUUCAUAUCCAUCGACCGAUGGUACGCUAUAUGUUUCCCAUUGAGAUUCAAGUCGACGACAGCUCGAGCGAAAACCGCUAUCAUAGUGAUUUGGAUGAUAUCGCUGCUCUUUGACAUUCCAGAAUUACUGGUGCUGCACACGGUGCCGUCAAACAGUAGAGUGCAGACUGUAUUAUUCACGCAGUGUGUUUGCUUAUGGAGCCAAGAGAGUCAAACCACCUUCACGAUUAUCAAACUGAUCUUUUUGUACACAAUGCCGUUGCUUUUGAUGAGCGUGGCGUAUUGGCAGAUUGUGCGCGUUCUAUGGAAAAGUGAUAUUCCAGGACACAAUUUGUCUACCAGAGUCUGUCAUUCAACUGAGAUUCCAUUGUCCGGGGGUGGAAAUCCGGAAGGUCAAUUGAGAUCUCGACGGAAAGCGGCGAAGAUGUUGGUCGCCGUAGUCAUUACAUUCGCGAUAUGUUUCUUGCCGGUGCAUUUGCUCUCUAUUCUAAGAUGUACCAUGACGUUACCCUCGAAUCAAUGGACGAUCGCCAUUAGUCUAAUCGCCCAUUGGCUUUGUUAUUUCAACAGCGCGGUGAAUCCUGUCAUCUAUAAUUUUAUGAGUGGGAAGUUUCGCAAGGAGUUCAGACGCACCUUCCGAUGUUCUCACAAGGGCAGAACCUGCGCUCACAAACGCGGAUACGUCGCAGGUAUCUCGGACCCGCUUAAACAGAGAUCUCGAAAUUACACGAGGUCAAUUCACACGAUGUCAAACAACAAUAACGUUCAGCAAAGCACCGAGGUCAUACCUCUCAGUGCCAUAAAUAUAAAUAUAUUGCCGAACGAGAAACAGGAGUGAACCUCGCAUCAUAAACCUUACGCCAAAUGUUCUCUUCUAUCAAUUCUUCUUUAAUUCUUUGACUAAUCUGAAACCCAACUUCUCCUAAAGAAGAGACCAGAACAUUCUAUAGUUUUUAAGUCAAUAAGUAACAAUUAAAAGCAAUUGAUUCUUCACAAAUUAAAGCCAAGAGUAAAUGAGUCAUUACAAAUUAAAGACUGCGAUAAAUAAUUCUUUGUUAUCCUUGGAAAAAAAGUUUAUCUCUGAAUUUAUCAAGAAAAAGUGUAAUUAAAUAAGAGAACAUUUGGCGAGGCGCGCUUUGUAUACAGCGGAUAAACUAUAAUUCUCUAAAGUCAACUGCUUAAUAUGUUUAUAGGUGUAAUCGAGUUGUUCCUAUACAUUGUUAUAUAAGUAAAUCUUACUCAAAAAACUUUCUCAAAGCUUGCAGAUUUGAAAUGAACUGAGAGACAUGUGUAGUAUAUUAAUGUGUAAAUAGGCAAUUAUAAUGUAUACGAGUCCACAUGAUAUUCUUGGAUUUGCUGCUUUAAACAUUUUACUUUAUUAUACUGUAGAUAUAAGUAUAGAUAACAAUGUACAAUCACAGAUCGAUAACUGAAAGUGGAGACCUAGAGACGCACGAUUAAAUUUCAAAGGAAUUAACGCCAGUGUGUAAAUAUAAAGCGUUUAUAUUCUACCUAUUCCGGCACUUAAAGCAUAAUGUUAUGCUCCAUUUUCACUUGAAGUAUUUAUUUUUUUUCCUAUAAUACAUUCGAUAUAUCAAUGAAAAUAUAUCUACAAAGUUUAAUAAAGUGUAUGUAAUCCCUCCUAAACGUUUAAAGCUUAAAGUUAUAUUAUAUAAAGUUAUUACUAACGGUAUUAGUUUUUAUAAACUGUACAAUAUACUACAGCGAAUGUGACGUGUUCUUGCUCGCUUCGUUUCCACUUAAAUUUUAUAUUUUAUUAUUGCGCAAAAGUGUCGUUCACCAUGUAUAAAUCUCCUAUCGUUAUAAUUUCACUUUUUUUUCAUACAAUUUUGUUUCAGCCAUAAUUAUACUUCUAGACGUAAUUAAUCAUGGUAAAACAAAAUUAAUUGAACAUUUCGCCUCAAUGCGCUCUCUCGCUGUUUUUUAAAUAUAUUUAGAAAAUAAUCUUAUUUCAUUGAUUAACCACUCUAGUAUAUUCGAGUUAGACCUUAGAUGCAUGCUUAAUGUCGCAAAAAAUAUUUCUAUAUUAUCUUUAUAACAACCAAUUUAUACUUCAAUAGAACAAAAAUGGUCAGUUUACAAAACUUAAAACGUGUAAAUAAAAUAUAAUAAAAGACUUCGCAUAAUAUGAGAAAAGUAAAUAGACAUUAGAGCUGUUCAUUCCUGUUGCUUUCUCACGUUUUCUAUAUUUUGUAAAUAUAGAAUAAAAUAAAGCUAACUGUAAAUUAGUUUCUCUUUGAACAAAGUUAAGAGAAAAGAGCACAGAAAUAUAUAAAAAAGGUAGAUAGAAAGAAUAAUCAAUUGUAUGUAUCCCAAUUGUGUGUAAAAAGAGAAAAUUUCUGUAUACGUACAAAGAGAUGCACACUUACGUUAUUCAAUGAAAUAUAUUUUAAUAUUAUAACUACAAACGUUUCUGCACUGUAAGUAGUCAUAACAUUGAAAAAAGUGUGUAUGUAUGUAUAUACACACACACAUAUAUAUGUAUGUAUAGUGUGUGUGUGUGUGUGUGUGUGUGUGUGUGUGUGUGUGUGUGUAUGUAUAUACACACAUGCACGCACACGCACACACACAUAUAUACGUAUACAUACAUACACAUCGUGUUACAGUCAUGGCUCGUGCAGCUGCCAAAUAUAUUACAUUGGUACACAAUACCGCUUUUUGUUAAAUAGUGACCAGUUAUAGGUAAACUUCAUAUAUGAAAAAGUUAUCGAUACUUCGUAUUCCAGGCAAUAAUGUCAGCGCAUUAUAUGAGGCUAUUUUAGAUAUUACAAAUACGGAUUAUAGUUUCCAUAAGUAAAUAUGCUUUUUUUAUAUGCUUUAAACUUAUAUUUAAUAACAUUAUAUUCGCGUAUCAAUUU